AUGGGCUUUCAAAAAGAUGUGAAUGGCAAGGGUAGAUGGCAACCAAUUCAAUAUGAAGGGGUGCCUGAAUAUUGCCAACACUGCAAGCAUCAAGGCCACACUCACACUACCUGUACAGUGAAGAGAAGAGAGGAGGAAAACAGGCAAAAGAAAAUUCAAGAAGAAACUGCUGCAGACAAGGACAAAAUCAGCACAGGUAAGGCUAAUGAACAGCAUUUCCAAGAGAAAAACAACAACAAGGAAAAGCAGCUUAAUAAUACAGAUGAAGACCAUGAAAAUAACCAAAAAAAAGACGAAUGGCAAAUUCAAAAAAAGAAAACCAAGAAUAAUAACCAACCCCACCAACAAGGAACUCUUCAUCAAAGUAAACAAAGCAGGAUGCAACAAGGAGAAAGCUCAAAAAUGCCUCAACCAACAACCAUUGAUAAUCAGCAACCAAGGAACAUGCUGCCAUCAGGUAAUAUCUUUAAUAUUAAUAAUGAUAAUGUCCAAAUAUGUAAUGUUGAUUCUGGAGUCCAGAGUCAACAGCCCCCUCCCCAUAGAAUAUUAGUUCCCAAUCCCCACAGGCCCAUUCAACAGGUUUUUAAAAGGAAGGGAACUAGCAAACCUGCAGAAAAGCAUACUGAUGUGGAGUGCAACAAUGCCAAAGACCCAGGUACUGACUCAGUGCUCCCAUACCCCCAUGGCUCUCCCAAUAGCUUUAAUGUUUUAAAUAAUAUUGCUGUUGUGGCUGAAGAAGUUUAUGGAGGUGAGGAAGGGGGAGUACAGGAGACACCCACUAAUUUGCAGGAAGGGGAAACCAGGGGGAGGGAACAUCUAUUGGUAGACCAUAGGAGAGACUCUACAGCCCCUGCAACCACUUUUUCAGCAGCCAUAAGGUCCAAUAGGAAGGUUCAACAAGAGGAUGUUCAACAGGUUUCUGAGGACAUGCUUCAGAUUAAUGUGACUGAUAAGGAAGAUGCUAAAUCUCCAAAGAGCAGUGAACAAAACCAGGGUGCAGUAGCUCAGCUUAUGAACAAUAAAAGUACUCUAUCUUUGAGUAAAAAGAAGAGGGAUGCUAUUAAAAAGAAAUUUGUUCAGGACAUGAAAUCUGGACAACCAAGUGUGAACUAUGUUUUUGUGCCAGAACAAGCAGGCAUACAUGUGACCCCUCUACAAAUUCAAGAUACAUCUAAUGAGAGGUAUGCACUUAGAAAAGGAGACAUCUCAGAGGAUUUGACUGAUGAGUACAGGGUCACUCAUUCUGAAGAUGAGGAUGAUCCUGACCAAAGGGAGGAAACAAACCAGGAAGAUCAAAUAAAAACCUUUAGAACCACUAUGGAAGCUUUUUUGCAGAAGGAAAAGCAGUAG